CGCCCAUAAAUAGGACGCUCCAAGCAAAGGCAGACUGAGUCUGCAGACGGUGCUGGCCCCUCUGUUCUUCCUGAGGCUACAGCAGCAGACGCGUUCCUGGCGAGAUGGCGGAACAGCAUGGCGCACCCGAGCAAGCUGCAGCGGGCAAGAGCCACGGCGGCCUUGGGGGCAGCUACAAGGUGAUCGUAUACGAAAUGGAGAACUUCCAGGGCAAGCGGUGCGAGCUCUCGGCUGAGUGCCCCAACCUGACGGAGAGCCUGCUGGAGAAGGUGGGCUCCAUCCAAGUGGAGUCUGGGCCGUGGCUGGCGUUCGAACGCAGGGCCUUCCGUGGCGAGCAGUUUGUCCUGGAGAAGGGGGAUUACCCUCGCUGGGACGCCUGGUCCAACAGCCACCACAGCGAUAGCCUCCUGUCCCUCCGGCCCCUGCACAUCGAUGGCCCGGAUCACAAGCUGCACCUGUUUGAGAACCCAGCUUUCAGCGGCCGCAAGAUGGAGAUAGUGGAUGACGAUGUGCCCAGCCUCUGGGCGCAUGGCUUCCAGGACCGCGUGGCGAGCAUCCGGGCCAUCAACGGGACGUGGGUUGGCUACGAGUUCCCCGGCUACCGUGGGCGCCAGUAUGUGUUCGAGCGGGGUGAGUACCGCCACUGGAACGAGUGGGACGCCAACCAGCCACAGCUGCAGUCUGUGCGCCGCAUCCGGGACCAGAAGUGGCACAAGCGGGGCUGCUUCCUCAGCAGCUGAAGGGCACCCAGGCCCCAGUGGCCCAGGCCCGCCCUGGGGGGCAGCAGAGGCAAGAAGAGGAGGCUCCAGGGCCAGGGUGAUGGUCUGCCUGUCCCCCCUUCCCCGGAAUCUACUCAAUAAAGCCUGGGGCCGGUCCCCCACCUGC